AUGCGUCUGCGUGGCAAUGCACCCACCGUUUCAAUAGGAAAGACUGCGGGCGGGGCUGCAGACAGGGACCUAGCGAAACCCAUGUUUCGGCUCACGGCUGCGUUGCUCGCAAAGAAGAAGCCGGUAAAGCCACUGCCAAGGCGUGGGCGAGCGGCGGCGAUAACUACAGCGCGACGUACAACGAAGUCACCCGCAAAGCGACGUUUGCCGUCGCGUCCGCGGACGCGAACUCCUGCGGCACGCUCAAGGAUGACGGCGGCAGCCGUUGCCCCCAGCACCAGCGCCGGCAACCACCAACACCACGAUAGCCGAGGCGGCGGUGGCGGCGGCGGCAACGUCGGUAACAGCAACAAUACUGACAGCACUGACAAUAGCCAUGGUGAUCCUGACAGCAACGUGGUGGUUCAGGCAACGAAGGAAACACAGACGGAGGCCAGUGAGAAGAAGUCGCCCUAUUGCCUCGCGACUGCGGUCUCAACACUUGUUGUCCCCCCCGCCGCCAACUUUCUGCUUGAAGGCAUGAAGCAAACGCUGACGCCGUCGCUGCAGAAGCCCAACGAUGGCGGCGUGGGCAGCAGUUCUUCUGAGGAAAACCGUUCUCCUGUAUCGCAGAUGGAGGAGUUUUACACCUCCAAGAAGGGCCCUUUGUUUGCCACCGCCGUAGUUGCUGGAACGAACGCCGUGAAGCAGGCAAGUCAGCUGAUUCCAUUUUGUCACCCUGUGCGUAUUCAGAAGUGCUCCUUCACCUUUAGGCGACGCCUCGUUGCGGGUCUCAGUCACACCUCUGCACUCCCGCAUCGGGUGGUGCUGCGUAAACGCGUGAGCCCUCCGCCGCCCCCUAGUUGCGCCCGCAGGGACUGCAGCGUUCUGUACUGUUUCUGCACCGUGGCGAGCGACGACUCCAAGGCAGGGGUGGAGAUGGAGGCGCUGACAGGUGCCAGCGUCGCCAGUCUGACGCUGUACGACAUGCUUAGGGGUCUGCCGGGGUCGCAGGAGGACGGGCUGAGCAUUGGCGAGUCCUUUGUGCUCGCGAAGCGCGGCGGAAAGAGUGACUUUACGAAGCUGUUGAUGUCGGAGCCGGAGGCCGCGACUCAGCCGUCGCCGUUCACCCUGCCUACACUGGCGCCCUCCGCAACUGCAGACACGGAGCAAGAGGCGACGGCGGGGACAGGGGGGAUGGCCACUGAGGGAGACACAGCACCACCCUCGUCUUCGCCAGCCUCACAGGCGGAGACGCAGCGCGAGAGGGAGGAGGGCGGUGAUGACAAAGACAAUAAAGAGGUUCACUCACCCAGCAGUGGCAGCGGUGCCGCCGCCCACGCACAGCCACAUCCGCAGGCGGAGAGAAGCCGCACGCUGGGGGACGCGGACGCCCAUGAAGUGACGACAGACGCCUUGGGAGAGAAGGGCGCCUGGUGGGAGUCCACUGCGCGCGAUAAGAAACUCCAGCAGCUGCGCCCUCGCAGAAGGUACGAAGUACAAGAGAAGGCGCCUCUCAAGGAGGAGUUGCCACCAACAGAGAGAGCGAAGGUAGCACCAGCAUCGGCUGCGGUGACCACCACGCCACGAAGGAUGCAGCAGGCAAAAGUGCAUCCAACGAAGUUGAUUAAAAACAAAAUGAGGGCGCGGCUCAAGCUGAGCUCGAAGGUGGCAAAACUUCGUCCGAAGCGCUUUGCCGCCCCAGCGGUGAGGCGUCGCAUGGAGAGCAGCGCGCAUGACGACGAGGAUGAUUCACCUCUAGGUGGAGAGGAGUAUGAUGAAAGUACCGAUGAUGCGGCGGCGGCGGAGGCUAAAAAGAAGGGGAAGCGUGAGGCAGCCGCUACUGCAAACGCUAAACAUGUUUCGUUGAGGAAGACUGCCUCCCACGAUGCCAUCACCGAUGACUUUGAUGGUGGUGAUGGUGGGGGAGGAGGAGGAGGGCACAGUGGACAGGUUUGA